GAGGUGAUUGCAGUAGACUGGAAGGGACUGAAAGAUGUGGACCAAAUCAAUAUGGACAGCACCAGUUCACUGCAUGGCAACAGCUUCCAUCGACCUUCCACUGAGCAAACACGGACAGAUUUCUCCUGGGAUGGUAUCAACCUCUCCAUGGAAGAUACGACCUCCAUCCUCCCCAAGCUGAAACGCAACUCCAAUGCUUAUGGAAUUGGGGCUUUGGCUAAAUCAUCUUUCUCUGGGAUAUCUCGCAGCAUGAAGGACCAUGUCACAAAGCCAACGGCUAUGGGCCAAGGCCGUGUGGCUCACAUGAUCGAAUGGCAAGGCUGGGGCAAAGGUAACAGCCAGCAGCAGCACACGCAUGAGACAGCACGCAAAGACGCGGAUGCCUACUCGGACCUGAGCGACGGUGAAAAGGAGGCCCGGUUCCUUGCAGGAGUGAUGGAGCAAUUUGCUAUUUCGGAGGCAACUCUGAUGGCCUGGUCCUCCAUGGAUGGUGAGGAUGUGAGUGUAAACUCAAACCAGGAGAACCCAGCAGGCAACUACUCUGAGAACUACCAGGAGCUAAUGGAGAGCCAGGAGCAUAUGGUCCAGACGCAGUACGACAGCUGGCCUCAUUCCUAUGUCUCGCAGGGCAUGUAUUGCUUAGGUUCAUCUGAUGCCUGGGAGACCAGUGACCAGUCCCUCAUUGCUUCCCCAGCAACGGGCUCCUACUUGGGCCAGAAUUUUGACGAGUCCCAGACAAACCUUCAGGAAAUGUGGCCCCUGCAGACUGCUCAGGGUGGGGGUGGGGCCGAGUCCAGUGCAUACAUGGAGGACCAUAUUGAGGAUGAAGGCAACCCACGGCUGGAGAAGGCUCCUCUCCUAAACAAGAAGCCCUCUCCGGAGGAGGAUGACGCAGUGUGCCGGGACCUGGAAUCACUGUCUCCUCGAGAGGAGAUGGAACAUGCUGCACUGAGUCGCAAAGUCUCAGAUGUCACCUCUUCUGGGGUGCAGUCCUUCGAUGAGGAAGAGGGAGAAACAAACAACUGAUGCUUUCUGUGAAGUUUUCGUCACUGCUGAACAAAGAAAGGGAUGGCAAGGAAAGAAACGACAGUGAUUCUUCUCUCCAGCUUCCUGUACUUCUGAGCAGACGCACCUUCCAUUCCUGACAUUUAAUUAUUUUUUUAAACAAGAGGAAAAUCUCAAAGUGAUUGACACAUGAAGACCUCUUCUUCCCCUCCACCACGCACACGUAUUUUUGAUUUUCAUUGCUCUGGGCAACACCUGUGAGGUGCUUGAAGAGAUCUGGAUUGCUAAAUCAUUUCUAAAUGAUUUUUUUAAUACAGAGUCUUGGCUGUGGAUAC